AUGGCAAAAGUCGGAGAUCUCGCUGACAUCCUCCAGCAGAUGAGCCGUUUAAUGGAGGCGCAGGCUAACGCACAGAAAGCGCUUCUGGAACAGCUUGUGAAACCGAACGAUAACGAGUUCCUGAUGGAGACACUGUCAAAACCGCUCCCGGAAUUAUCAUACGAUCCGCAAAACGGAAUGGUUUUCGACAAAAGGUACGCGCGACACCAAGAAGUGUUUACGUUAUGUGAACUUUAUUCUACCGAAGACCCCACGAGAAGUUGCGUUUGCGGACACAGUCAAAACGCUGACGAUUUUGUAGCCUACGCCAGUGCUGUGAACAAAUCGUACGAAGAUUUCAAUGUCAACACCAUCACAGCUGAUCAAUUUAAGUGCUUGAUCUUUGUCGCUGGGCUGCACUCAGAGAAAAACAAGGACAUUCGAACGAGAUUGCUAGCGAAGAUGGAAAAUGAGACAGCGGCGGAUCCAAUGACUCUCAAAAAGCUGUUGUUGGAAUGUCAGCAAAUGAAAAAUCUCAAACACGACACCGCUGUUAUUGAGAAUCCAAAAGCUGCCGUGUACGCUGUGUGUGAUGCUGUUCGAAACCACGAAGCAGGAAGAAACCGGAAUUACAAGUGGACAUCCGAGAAGAAGUAA